AGAUAAGUCCAGGAUAAAUCAGCUGUUUUUAUUGUUUUCGUUUGCUGAUUAAAAUGGGUUCGUUACUCUUUGAUAUUAAAUUAAAGAGAGAGAAUAAGGUUUACCACGAAAAUGACAUGCUGUUGGGCUGCGUGCAGUUCCAGUGCUCGCAGGAGACGAAACACGAAGGCAUUACAUUGUAUCUGGAGGGAAUCGUUAAUCUGCAAUUAAGCGCCAAGACAGUGGGCCUAUUCGAUGCUUUCUAUAACUCGGUGAAACCCAUUAAUCUACUGCAGAACAGCCUGGAGUUAUCUGCCCCCGGAAAGCUGAGCGCCGGUCGCUCGGAGUUCCAUUUUGAACUGCCUUUGGUGUGCAAAAAGGAGCCGCGAAUUCUUUAUGAAACUUACCAUGGUGUUUUCAUCAACGUUAAUUAUCAGCUAAACUGCACUCUAAAGCGGAAUUUUCUGGGCAAAUCCAUGAACAGAAUCCAACAGUUCUGCGUUCAGUAUAAACCAGUGCCUUUGGGUGAGGAUUCCCUGAAGGUUGUGCCCUUCAGCUUGAGCCCGGAUUCGCUGCAGAAGAAUGCCAGCGCCAAGGAGAGAUUGUCCAUGCCUAGGUUCCUCAUCACAGGACGUCUGGAUCGAAGUGAAAACUGUGUAACCACACCGAUUACCGGCAGCAUUACAGUUCAGCACACGGAGGCGGCCAUCAAGUCCAUUGAAAUGCAAUUGGUUCGCGUGGAAACCUGCGGAUGCGAUGAGGGAUAUUCCAAGGAUGCCACCGAAAUCCAGACCAUUCAAAUAGCCGAUGGUAAUGUGCUGCCGAAGCUGGAAUUACCCAUCUAUAUGGUCCUGCCCAGGUUGUUCACCUGCCCCACGCUGCUCACCAAGAAUUUCAAAAUAGAGUUUGAACUGAAUCUGGUUGUGGUGUUUAAGGAGGACUAUACUGUCAGUGAAAACUUUAAAAUAGUUUUAAAACGCUCGGCAGGCCCCUUGCCCAGCAAAAUAACUACUGCAGGACGUUAAACGAAAGAUCUAUCAAAUAUGGCAGCUAUUUUGAAUAUAAAGUAACUUUUUUAGUUAAAAAAUAUAGUUCUUAAGAUGUAUCU